UUAUAAAAACCCGUCAAAAUGCCUGACAGCUCGUAGUGAUCGGAGCACGUACGAACUGUCCGGUAGAAGAAAUCCUCUAAACAACAAUGCGGACGAGGAACAGAGGUUACAGUGGAUUUAUAGCGGCCCGUGUUCCUUUAAAACACCGUCAAGUAGGAUCUGCCGAUGCUUGAAGACAGAUGUUUGACGGCUGACGAGCUAAGGAGCUAAGAGCGUUUCAAUCGGAUUGUACCUAUUUGAUCUACACCUCAACCCACCUGCCAUUAUCCGCGGCAUACAAGCGUCUCUUUCGCUGUGAGGCCGUUAUGAUCCAUCUCUUCGAGACCAUGGACGAGGCUUCCCCGCCGUCUCUGACCGAUCUGUGCAUGACUCUGGUGAGCUCCAGGCUGGAGCUCUUCUGUGAGAUGCGUGAUGACGGCUCCCUCUCCUUCCGCGAGCCGCUGGUCUUCCCGCAGGAGCUGGCCGACCAACUGCUCUGCAAGAUGGCCACUGAGGGCCUGUUGAAUGACAGCACGGUGGGAAUCUUCCGAAGCUGCCAGCAGUUCCGGUUGCGUCACGCCUGCAUCCGCACCGCGAGGAUCUCCGCCGAGGCCUUCCACCGGGCCCUCUGCCCGCACCGCCUCGUGGAGCUGGACGCCUCGCGGGUCAACGCCGACCUCACCAUCGCCGACAUCCUUCGAGGUUUGUCAUCCAACAAGUCUCUGCAGGAGAGCCUGCAGCGGCUGGUCCUGAACGGCCUGACCAUGUCUUCUCUGGAGGAGCCCGGCCGUCGCUGCUUCAGUGCCAUGCAGGGUCUGCGCGCGCUCAGCGUGUCCAGCGUGGACUUCUACGACUCGGGCCUGCUGGACGUGUGCGCGCUGCCCCGUUUGGAGAGUCUGGAUAUCUCCAACACGUCCGUGACGAACCUGACCCCGCUGCUGGGCUUGAGGAGCAGGCUGCGCUAUCUCACCAUGCACCAGCUCAAGAGGCUGGAGAUGACCACCGCUCAGCUGCUGGCUGUGCUCAGUCAGCUGGAGGGUUUACAGCACCUUGAUAUCUCGGACGAUAAGCAGUUCACGUCUGACGUGGCGCGGCAGCUGCUGGAGACCUCCGGCAUCCUCCCCCAGCUGGUGUCUCUGGACGUAUCUGGCCGGAAGCAGGUGACCGAUGCAGCGGUCAGGGCUUUCGUGGAGGCCAGACCGGGCAUGACCUUCGUUGGUCUGCUGGCCACCGACGCCGGAUUCUCUGACUUCCUGUCCGGAGAGGGCAGCUUAAAGGUGACUGGAGAGGCCAAUGAGACUCAGAUAUGUGAGGCGUUGAGAAGGUACAGCGAGAGAGAAGGGUUUGUGAGAGAAGCUCUCUUCCAUCUUUUCAGCCUCACUCAUGCCAUCGAGAAAGCGAGACCCGACAUCCUGAAGUUGGUAGCGUUGGGGAUGAAGAACCAUCCGGCCACACUGAAUGUGCAGCUGGCAGCCAGCGCCUGUGUGUUUAACCUCACCAAACAGGAUCUGGCCUUUGGAAUCCCCGUACGACUUCUGGGGAACGUCACCCAGCUGCUUCUCGAAGCCAUGAAGACCUUCCCCAACCACCAGCAGCUGCAGAAGAACUGCCUGCUGUCUCUAUGCAGUGACCGAAUCUUGCAGGAGGUUCCCUUCAACAGGUUCGAAGCUGCCAAGCUGGUCAUGCAGUGGCUGUGCAACCACGAGGAUCAGAACAUGCAGAGGAUGGCCGUAGCCAUCAUCUCCAUCCUCGCUGCCAAGUUGUCCACUGAACAAACCGCACAACUAGGGGCUGAGCUUUUUAUCGUAAAGCAACUCCUGCACAUCGUGCGUCAGAAAACGUGUCAGGGGAUCGUAGACGCCACGUUGAAGUUCACUCUCAGCGCUCUGUGGAACCUCACGGAUGAAUCUCCUACCACCUGCAGACACUUCAUAGAGAACCAGGGACUAGAGCUCUUCAUCAAAGUACUCGAGUCCUUUCCAUCAGAGUCAUCCAUUCAACAGAAGGUCCUGGGUUUACUGAACAACAUCGCUGAGGUGGGAGAGUUGCACGGCGAGUUGAUGGUUCAGAGUUUUUUGGAUCACAUCCGCUCUCUGCUGCACAGCCCAGAGGUGGAGGUCAGUUAUUUUGCCGCAGGCAUCUUGGCCCACCUCACCUCACGGGGCGAGAAGGUGUGGACCCUCGACCUGUCACUUAGGGCCACGCUGCUGGAGCAACUGCAUUCGGCCAUUCUGAAGUGGCCAACGCCGGAAUGUGAGAUGGUAGCAUACAGGUCGUUCAACCCUUUCUUCCCUUUACUGGAGUGCUUCCAGACCCCAGGAGUCCAGCUGUGGGCCGCGUGGGCCAUGCAGCACGUCUGCAGCAAAAACAGCGGGCGGUACUGCAGCAUGUUACUGGAGGAGGGAGGGCUGCAGCAGCUAGAGGCUGUGAGGUCACAUCCCAAAACCCACAGCGACGUGCGGCGAUUGGCCGAAAGCAUCCUAGACAGUUUACAUCGCCACAGAGCACGUACAGGGUACACAGGGCCGCCCAAAAUACACACGCAUAGAGAGAAAAACGUUCCAUGACGCAAUUAGCGGUCUCUGGAUCGGAUGUCGCGAAAAACUGGAAGCUUUUUGUGCGUGUUUGUGUUCACUCGUGCCCACCCGUAUGACAACGACGCUCUGCUGCUCUUCCUGUAAGGAGGACCCCGUGGAUGAGUUACUUUGCAUAUGUUUGCACACGACGGAAUCUGCUAUUUAUUUGACGUAACAAUUAAGUCUCCGUAACGAGGAACUGUUUAUUUACACGCGCAGCGGCUAAGAGAGUGCGUUUAUGAUAAAAAGCGGGACGUACGUGAGAGUUUAUAUAUGUGUGUGUGUGUGUGUGUGUGUGCAUGUGUGUAUUAAGAGCAUGUGCAUCAGAUCGCUACGUAUGCAUAUUCAGAUUUGGAUGCAACUCCAUAGGAAAUUUCAUUUGUAUGACAGAUUUCUGUCCUCUUGGGCAUAAAAUGCAAUAAUACAAAAAACGUUCACAACAGAUAAGAGUUGUGUUACAUGGGAAUACAACCGUUUGGUAACCUGAGUUAAACUGAGUGUACGAGAGAGGAAGAAAAGCGUAUCGAAGUGCAUUGAACAGCAUGAGAGCUUUAGGGGUGAAAUAUAUUUUUAUAGACUGUAUAUCAAAACGUUGGCAGAUGACAGUGUUUUGAUGUCGUGUUGCACGCAGAGUAUUACGAUCCAGAUUUGAGUUUCAAAAAAAUGGUACUGGACUGAUCGCUCGGAUAAAAGAUUCCUCGAGAACCCACAGCAACGAAACGGGCGGAGAUGAAUUAAAAAUAAAGCCUUUGCCUUUGCUCAAAAGCAGGAACACGAUUUGCCGCGUAAGCCACGUUGAGAAAUCUGGCAGGCAGAAACAAAAACAGACACGGAUAAACGGCACCAUGUGAAAAAAAGAAAAGGAGGAAAAAAAAAAAAAAAAAAGUGAGAACUUUGGUCUCAUCGUGGCAACUGGGGCGUGCUGGUGAUUUGCCAAAAGUCAUUGGAUUUGCCUUCUCGCUAAACACACUUGCAUUGAAAGAAGUUUGAUUUAAUUUAACACCAAUGAAGCUGUUAAAAAGCAGGUUCGACUCGUCUUGUUCGAAACUGCAAUUUAAAAAAAGUAUAUUCCAUUUUGUUCCGGUGAACUAAAGAAGCCUGUUUUGUAUAUAAAUGCUUCUUUUCGCAGCAUGGAUUUGGUUUUCUGUUCGUAUCUGGGCCAUGUAUUAUGAUGAGAUGCUCCAGCAAAUGUGCUUUGUUCCAGAAAAUCGUAUUGUUGUCAUGCAGCUGUUCUUGCACGUUGCAUGAAAUGGUAUUUGUUAUCAUUUCUACCGUAAUUUUUAAUUUCGUCUGGCAACUUCGGCCAGGUUUACCUACGGCUUUUCGCCAGAUAUUACGUUUUUGGAUUCAGUUUUGACAUUAGCAAAUACUUGAUGUUAAAUUUAACCUGCCACUCUAAAUGGACCAAAUGAGUUCCCCCGAACUUUACAGGCCGAGCGUGGAGACUCUCAUCGUGUGCGUGGCCCUCCACGAGGACAGACUGUGGUUUGUGGCGUACUACAGAUCUCUUCUGUGUGGAUUGAGUCAGCUACUGUCAUACUGCUGAUCAGACUCACAUUUAUGCAAAUCAUGUCUGGGGAAUAAAGAAUGUGAAACCCUU